AUGGCGACGGCCGUGAAGCGGGCGUGCGACGCCUGUCACCGCCGCAAAGUUAAAUGCGACGGGAUAAAUCCGUGCCGCAAUUGCUCGGCCUCUCAACUAUCCUGCACCUACAAUGCGAUCCCCCAGAAGAAGGGUCCCAAGGGCUCGCGCGCCAAGGUCAUCAGCGAACUCCGCGAGAAACAGGGCCAGAAUAGCCUCUCAAACCGGGUGCACAACCGCAUAAAUGGCAUCGGCAGUCCUCCCUGCAGCCCGACGCUGGCUCCCACUCCGGGACUGCUCGCGAGCGACAUGGUCAAAGACUGCGUCGACUUCUUCUUCGCCCACAUGUAUCCGACGAUGCCUAUCCUGCACCGCCAGCGCCUCGAGCAACAGGCCAUGUACAUGGACCAGAGUCUCGAUACCUACUGCCUCCUCACGUCGCUGUGUGCAUUCGUCCUGCUUCAGCCGGGCAUGUCAAUACCCGGUGGUGAUCCCUACAGCAUCGAGAUGGGAGCUAAUAUAGUGUCGAGCACAUUGUUGAUGGAGGAGACAAUUCGCGUCCGUAAGGGCUACGACUACCUGGAUUCCCCGACUCUUAAUAGUCUGUGCACGAGCUACUUCUUGUUUGGGUGCUUCUUCGGUCUCGACUUGCACGACAAAGCAUGGUUUCAUCUGCGCGAGGCCACGACAUUGGCGCACAUGAUCGGAAUGAACGACGAAGGCACAUACCUGCAGUACGACCCCAUCGAGAAAUCGAGACGCAGGCGCCUGUACUGGUUGCUUUUCGUUACGGAAAGAGCCUACGCUUUGCAGCGCCAGCGUCCCUUGACCCUCGAUGCAAACAUCAAUCUUCCGACCGCCGAUGACGAUCAUACCGACCCUCUUUCUCACCAGUUGGGCAACUUUAUCAGUCAAGUGAAUCUAUUCCGACCAUACGACGAAGUCUUGGUUCCACUCUGGAAUAAGACACGAAAGGAGUGCUCUCCUUCAUACCUGUCGGCUCUGCAGAAGCAGCUUCCAGAGACGCCCGCACAUUCGAGCAACGCACAAGCACAGCUAUCGGAGCUGCAGAUAAACCAAGCCUGGCUCAAGAAUACAGCAUGGCAGCUGAGCGUAGCAAGCGGCAGUGGAAACGAUGCUCCAUACCCAUACCCUAUGGACAUCACCCGCGACUUGCUCCCUAUGGUUUCCCACCUCCCAGGAAACUUGGGCCUCCACGGUCUUAGCUUGGUCGAGAAACUCCUCAGCGUCACCUGUUCUUUGAGCGAAGUUUUGGCGCUGAAGCCAGCUUCGAGGGUCUCUAUCGACGUAGGGCCUCGCGAGCACCUCCACCAAAUCAUGGCUGUCGUCACGACCCUUCGUACCGGCGACUAUUCCUACCUUCCAUUGCUGCUCAGCAAGGUCCACGAUGCCCUUCCAAGACUGGCAAGCCCGAUGCUCCAGAAUGCACCGGAGAGCACAGCCUGUAGUAUUGACAUUGACAUCUUUGAUGGAUUUGGAACUGCUGGCAUGGCACGGCCUUCUGUCUUCUCGAAUGACGACUAUGACAACAAGUACGCUGUUUCGCGCAUGGAAGACAUGAGCACGGAUUCUGGGAGUUCAAGUGGCGCCCCUCCCAGCAAUAACGACAUGAACUCUCCGUUUGCCAGCUCCCCUGCGAUCAUGUCUCCUGGCCUCGAUCCGACGCACGGCUUGCCAGCGGACUACACCUCGAUGCCCGAGAUGGUGAUAAGUCCAAUGAGCCACGCGCCGCCUCCUAUAGGCACGCAUGGGGGUCUAAAUGGCCAGCAACCACAUCACUCGCAAUAUUCACAGCAAACUCAGCAUCUACCACAUGUGCAGCACUCGCACCAGCAGCAUCCACAACGUGCACCGAUAUCUCCGUUUCAGAAUCUCGGUUCCCAGAUGCAGGGCCUGACCGGAGCAAAUAUCAGCCCUCCACCGAACAUAUCUCUUCCAUCACAAAUGCGUCUCGGUCAAGGGCUAGGUGGUGAAAUAGGCGCUGGCAUGGGCCAGUUGGGCCAGGCUGUCAACGGUAACAAUAUGAUAGCAAGGCCUCAACCGCAACGCGCAAACAGCUUUGCUAUGGGCCCACAACAGAUUCGGACCGUGGGAGAUUUUCACGCCAUUCAACGAGCCAACUCGGAUUUGAACUCGAUGGGCUCCGUGAGGAUAAACUCAAUGGGGACCGAGCUCGACUUUAAUACACUACCUAGGUAG